AUGUGUAUCAGAGUUACUCCAAAAGUUGAAGAUCCGUACGCUAAUAAUCCAAGUCAUAAAGCGUUUACUCGUUCAUUUCUUUCGACAACUUCAUCAGAAUUUGGACAAGAAAACUUUUUAACAUGUCCACUUGGUGUACUUUUCACCCUUGGUAUACUAUUGGGUUCUGGUGGUGCACAAGGUAGAACAGGUUAUCAAAUUGGUAAAACACUGCGAUUAAAAUCAAUCAGUUCAUCAUCGGAUCUUUCUGAAGCUCAAGAAGAAAUGAAAUCAUUAUAUAAAGAAUUGAAUUCUUCAUUGGCGUCAGAAAUGACAUUAUUAGAGAAGGAGCAAAAAGUACAAGUUGUCAAAAUAUCAUCGGGUUUAGUUAUACAAGAUACAAUUAAUUUAGAAGAUAACUUUAACAAUAGUAUCAAAAAUGAUUUUGAAGGUGAACUUUUAAUGGUGGAUUUUUCAAAUCGAACUACUGCUGCACUUACAAUUAAUAAUUGGGUUGAUCAACAAUCGAAUGGUUUAGUAGAGAAAUUCUUUAUGGAUGACAUUCCAGAUAAUACUUGGAUGAUAUUGAUUAAUGUUUUCUAUUUUAGGGAUUUUUGGCAAAAUCCAUUUGAACAACAUUAUACUAGAAUAGAGAAUUUCAGUGUCUCAUCAGAUCGUCAUCUACAAGUUCCUAUGAUGUCAAAAGAAGAACUAUUAAAGUAUGGAAAAUUCGAAAAUGAUGGAUUUGAAAUUGUUAGUAAACCAUUCAAGAACACACGAUUUUCAUUUGUUAUUGUGUUACCGCUUGAAAAAUGGUCAUUAACUGGAGCUGUGGAACUUUUGAAUGGCAAUAAAAUUUUAAGUGAAUAUAUGAAGCAAUUACAAGAUAUUACAGUGUCGUUACGAUUACCAAAAUUCACAGUAAAAAAUACCCUUGACCUUAUUCGGCCACUAAGUUCUAUGGGUAUAGUUGAUUUAUUUAAUCCAGGAACCGCUGAUCUAUCAGGUAUCACAUCAGAUUAUAAACUAUUUGUGAAUAAAUUUAUUCAAACCAAUGUACUCAAAUUGAAUGAAAGUGGUAUUGAAGCAACUGCUAUCACAUCACCCACAUUUAUCCCGAUUUCAGCUAUAUUACCUGAUGUUGAUUUUCAUGUCACUCAUCCAUUUGUCUGUUUCAUUUAUGAUCAACAAUUAACCAUGCCAAUAAUGGCAGCGAAAAUCAUUGAACCAAUAUUACAAUAA